AUUUACCUAUACAUGUUACCUAAAUGAUACGAAUAUGUUUUAAGUAAUUUACAUUUUUACUUAUAGAUAAAUAUGAAACUCUCAGUGGUGUUUAUUUUUUUGUGGGUAGAAAGCAUUACAAGCGAAACAGUUUGCAACCCUUCGAAUCUUAACACAUGUAAUUUUAGCAUCGAUGGUAACUCUGCAAAUCAUUUGAAAUCACAAUUUAGAGAAACGGAAAGUCUAUCUGCUAAGAUAAGAUUACAUUUUGAAUCGGCAGUCAAAUCUACAAAUGAUACAAUUUUACCAACUGACUGGAUAAUGACAACUCGGGGGAAAUAUGGAGGCGAUUUUUUCACUGCUUGGCCGGUUGAUUAUUUCCUCUAUUCGUUCGGAUUUUUAGAUUCAAGAACACUGUCUGACAUUCUACUUAAUAUUACUGUGAAUCCCCCUGGAUGUGACGUUUUAAUAGGGAAUACGAACACAGACUGCGGUAUAACGGAGGCUUUGUUAACAAACAUUCAAAUCCCAUCUAAAGAGUCUCACUAUAACCACAGUUUAAAGUGGUGUUACAUAAAGGAAUAUAAGGGUGUCCGGGAUACAAUAUGGUACACAAUGAGGAUAUACUUUGGGCUUCCAUAUGCAAUGUUUGGGUUUCGAUGUUGUCAAGAAGACGAGAAGGGGAUAUCAUGCGAAGAUGAAUACAAUAUGAAGUGGAACGGAUACCAAGUAUUACCAUAUUACGUUGGAAUCGUUUUCUUUUGUUUCUUUCCUAUUUUGCUUAUGAAAUUUAGUGCACGUGCAAUGGAUUCCGGCAACAAGUUCAAGGACAAAUUAAACAUAUAUGAAGAUUUAGAUUCGGAUAAGGAUGAAUGGCUUUAUCUACAAAAUAGAAGCCCAGUUACAUUUUCUAAGUUAGUACUAGGAAUGUUUGGCUUAGGAAUAAAACAUCCAGUAACAGCAUCUAGAAUAAGAAGAGUUAUUUUUGUCUUUGCAGCACCUAUAGCGAUAUACGCUGAAAUCUUAAUGUAUCAUUUCGGGUGGCCCGAACUUGUGCCGGCACUAGUUAAAGCUAAAAUACCAUUCGGAUUUGCAAGUAUAGCAGGUGGAAUUGUAGACUGUCAUCCCUUGUUUCUACCGAUGAUUGGAGGUCCAUUUGUAGCUCUUCUAACAUAUCUGAUGAUUGGAAUCAUAGUUCUUGCACUUCCUAGAGAUCUCGGUAAUGCUGUUGAAAAAGGCAUUUCUUCCGAUGGAAAUGGUAGGUGGACACUUUUGCGAUUACACAUAGUAACAAUUGAAGAAUUGUCUCUAAAAUCAUGUGUCAACAAGAUUGGAUAUCAUAAGGUUCAUGCAGUGUUGAAAGCUAAUAUUUUUAUGCUUAUCAAUCCAACAUUUUGGCAAUUUGUAGUUAACUUUAUUGUUAAGCGAUGGAAACAAUUGAUGUUAAGAGUUUAUACAGCCGUGCCAUCAAAUCAGUGUAUUCAGUAUUUAAUAUUUGUGUUUCUACUAUUGUUUUAUGUUGUGAUUUGUUUUACUGAAAUAAUACUAUGUAUUUUAUACUAUGGCAUUCCAAUUUUUAAAUUUCUCACCACAACGGUUAAUGGUUAUACCAUGUAUCUUAACAGACAGUUUCUAGAUAGACAUCAAGUGUUAAAAGUUUUCUUUAUGAUAUUUUCUCCUUUAUGUUUGGUGUAUUAUUUGUUCAUGUCAUGUAUUGUUAUAUCAGAAUCUUUUAACUUUUUGGCCAAAAUUAUAUUUUUUGUUUACUUGUCAAUUGUUAUAUUUCCAAAUUUUUCGUUUAGUUUUGUUUACUCAAUCAUUAUGUUAUUAUUUUUCAUCUAUCAUAUAAUCAUAGAAAUUGAAAAGGAUUACUUUGAACUGCUGCAUCAAACUAUCAAAGCAGUGAAACAUAUGAAGGCUGAAAAGUCCGAAAGGAAGGAGACCCAGGUCACUGACUUAUCUGAGUCAACAGUUGUAAUUAAACAAGAGAUGGUUGUGAUAGGAGAACAUAAUUCUUAUGAGCAGGACCAGUUAAGGGAGAAAAACAAGCUUCCUGGUAUUCAGAGAGAUUUAUAUGAGUAUGUUGUACGAAAACAUCGCCCUCUUCACAUCGCCAUUUUUAUGACAGUAAUUCAGAUUUGUAUUAUGACAUUUUUAGUUUUUGCUUCCAUAAUAUAUGUUUCUAGAUUCGUUGAUGUUCAAGAAACAGACGAAAAACAUGAAAUAUUUCAUGUGAUAAGUAUAUUGUUAAUUACGAUCCUACCAAAUCUUGUUCACCGUGUUUUUACUCCAAAAAUCAAUAAUAAAGUAAGGAAACAUAAAAUCAGACAAACAGUCGACAACUUCUAUCACAUGCGAAUAUAAAGGAACGAAGUGAAAGUCCGCCCCACAAAAUAGUGCAUCAUUUAUAUAACAUCUUGACUCUGUAAAUGCCGAACCCCAUACUUGUGAUGAUUAUAAGACGCCCAUAUUAUGUAAUCCGUCAAUUAUCGGGUUCAAAUUAAGAUCCUUUAACACGAAUGAGUGUGUUAAUCCUCUGUCAAUUCUCUUUCGAUCAUUCUCAACAAAAACUAAAACCCUAUUACAAGUAAGACUGAUAAGUUAUGAAUGUUUUCACUCCUAAACAUCUCUCUUUUAAAGAAGAUAAUGCAAAUUCUACAUUUUUCAUAUGCAGCAAGUUCAUGUAAACUCAUUUAAACCAAAGGGUGACUGGGGAAUAGAAUUAUGUCCAGUUUUGAUCUUCUUUCGGCCGGCAGUAGCACGUUUUACAAAUGGGACGUCCGUUUGUAAGUUGUGCGGGAUGUAUAAAUACACAGCCACGUCCGUUCUGAAUGGGGACGUUGUAUCCAACACCUCGUGUACAGAGAGUACCAUGCGCUCUGCACGUUAUGAACCCUUUUACCAACACUUUGAGGGAUUCAUACACUGUAAAAAUGGUGUUUACAUCCUAAACACAAUUCUAAACAUAUUUUGUAUUCCUUUUUUUAGAUUGUAGAAAGUGUUUAGGAUUGUGUUUAGGCUCUUGUUUAGCUUAGAAAUUAGUUUUUAAAUCCUAAACACUUUAAUUCUAAAACACAUUUAAAAGUGUUUAUAUUCAAGACAUGUUUACAUUUAAUGUGCUUACUAAGAAAUGUUUUUAGAUAUUAGACAUAAUCCUAAACACGUUUAGAACUAAUCAUGUAAUACAAGUGUUUAUUUUCUAAGUACGAUUUUUACCAUGUAGACGGCUUGUUGCAAGUCUACAUUAUUGUCCCCAUCCAAUAUACCCUCAUUUUCCAGUGGCAGUCCAGAUUUCCUGCCCUUCAUCGUGGUCGACCCUUAUAACAGUACGUACCCAUUGUAUUUAUUGUUAACUAUUCCUGAACAUGCAUGAAAUAUUUUCCGCCAGACGUUAAGCAAAUAGCAAUCAAUCAUCCAAACUGCGUCAGAAAUCCUUAUAUAAUUCAAAAGUAUAUUUAUAUGACGAUAUUUAAUUUUUGGCAUUGCAAAACUGUUUAUGGCGUUUGUAAUUGACUUUAAAUUUGGUCUAACCUUCAGUAACUGUGAGUACUCUUAUAUCGGACUUAAUGUCUUUCGCCUUUUGACUUUGUGUAAGUUUUUUUCUUUUUAGCUGUGUGCCGAUCUGAUGAGUCAAGCCCUCUCCAACUGAUUUUUACAGUUUGUUUUUAUGGUGUACUGCAACACCAUUAUCCUAAGUCCGAAGGAGGAUGAAUGUUCACAAACAUAAAACAAUGUCACAUUUUGUGUCUAUCCUAAGCCCAGUGAUUCAGUAGUUGUUGUUGGUUACUAUCUUCCAUAUUUGUUUUUGUUUUUUUCGUAAAUCAGGGUGUUGGUUUACUCGUUUGUGUUUCACAAUUUUUCAUUCCGAGGUCUUUUAUAGCUUACUUUACGGUAUGUGUUUUGCUCAUUGUUGAUGGCCGUACAGUUACUUAAAGUUGCCUAUACACACCCUUUGGUCUCAUGUAGAUAGUUUCUCAUUGACAAUCAUACCAUAUCUCCCUAUUUUGAUAUAUUUCUUAGAUCUUAGAGAUUGACUGAAUUUGUAUUACAGGGAUAGUGAUUAUUAUUAUAAGGGGUUGGCUAUACAUUCAUCAUAAUUUUUAAAAUCAUCGUUUGUAAAUCUUAAGGUUUGAUACGCGGUCUUUAUCCCUGUUGGAUCUGAGCUUAUGUAGUUAGCAUCAUAAUUUGAGCGUUCAAGAUAAAGGCAAAUCCAGAAAGUGUUUCGGACGCACCAUAUUUAUAAAGUGUUAUUUACUUUUUAUGUAAUUAAUGCAAAACUAACUUUUUCAGAGGAACAGCAACUUAUAUACAGGGUACUUGUUCUAGAUUUUGUCUUUUUUGGACAAAAAUGCAAAAGUUUUAUAAAAAUGUCAUAUUUUGGUUAUUUCAAGAAAAGGUUAAAAAAUUCAAUUCCGAGUGUGCAUAAUAUAUAUAUUUUUAACAUUAACUUGACUUGUUUAGAACAUUUUUCAUGUGCUGUAUGUUUCUUGUGUACAAGUAAUGUUUGUAAUUUAACCCGUCAGGGUGUUACUUUUUUCAAUAAAGAUUAUCAUUACAAAAAAUAUUUUAUGAGGAAACGUAUAUUUGAGUGGUCGUUAGGUUAUUAACUUAAUAUUAAAUUUCUGCAAGCUCCCUUCAAGUUCAAAUAUCUCGAAAACUUUUGCAUGAAUACACGUGAAACAUUUUUGUUUUAAUCUGGAUAGUGACGUACACUAACAAAUAUGUCUAAACUGUAUUACUCCAUCUUUAAGGUCCUUUGUAUGUCAUAUUCAGUCAUGUAUCCCAUGUUAUACAGAGAUUUUAUUUGACAUGCUUGUAUUUGUUAUCUUACCAUAUAUUAUACGUUUAAAAUUGUGUUGUUUGCAUGACUUUUGUAUAUAUCUGUGUAUAUUUUGUUAUAUAUUCGAUUUGAAAAGCUCACUAGAACAAGUGUUUAUGUAAUUUGUUUACUGAAUACCGACUUUCAAUAACACUUUG